AUGAAUGAUGCAGAAAAAGAAAAAUUAUUAAUAAAAUUAAAUAAAAUUCAUGAAGUAAUUGAUAAAAGAAUUUUAAAUUUAAAUGAUGAAAUUGAAAUUCAAAUAAAGUUAAUUCAAGAUAAUAAAAAUCAAUUACAAACUACAACUCAAGAUAUCGUUAAAAAUGAAACCGAAUCUUAA